CAACUCGUGACUGACAGGAUCGUUCAUCUGGAUAGCUAGAUAGCCCCCCUUGGAUCGAUGACCACCUAACCAGCUGCUGCGAUCUGGAGGCGGACUGACAUGUUUAGUUUGAUGGCGAACUGUUGCAGCUGGCUGAAACGUUGGCAGGAACCUGCCAGAAAGGUGACCCUGGUGAUGGUGGGUCUGGAUAACGCGGGGAAGACGGCGGCGGUGCGAGGAAUCCAGGGAGAGAAUCCGCAGGACGUGGCUCCGACUGUGGGCUUCUCCAAGGUGGACCUGAAGCAGGGGAAGUUCGAGGUGACCAUCUUCGACCUGGGAGGCGGGAAGCGGAUCCGCGACAUCUGGAAGAACUACUACUCGGAGUCCCACGGCGUGGUGUUCGUGGUGGACUCCAGCGACGUGCAGCGCAUCCAGGAGACGAAGGAGACCAUGGCGCAGGUCCUGCAGCACCCGCGCAUCGCUGGAAAACCCGUCCUGGUACUUGCUAACAAACAAGACCUGGAGGGGGCGCUGGCGGAGGCCGACAUCAUCGAGAACCUGUCGCUGGAGAAACUCGUUAACGAGAACAAGUGUCUCUGUCAGAUCGAACCGUGCUCCGCCAUCUUAGGAUGUGGAAAGAAGGUGGACAAGUCCAUCAAGAAGGGCCUGACUUGGCUCCUCAGCAACAUCGCCAAAGACUACGAGGCGAUUGCUGAGCGCGUGCAGAAGGACACGGCGGAGCAGCGCGCGCUGGAGGAGCAGGACAAGAAGGAGAGAGCGGAGAGGGUGAGGCGGAUACGAGAGGAGAGGGAACGACUGGAGCGCGAGGAAGCAGAGCGGGAAGGACGGCCCGUCCAGGAGGACGAGGCUGACGACGGGAACAUGCAGAGCCCCUUCCAACCCAUUGGAGACUUAAUCUCCAAGAGAGAAGAGACGGAGACGCAGGAGCAGCUAGAGUUAGGAGACAGGAGUAACGGUCCAAAGGAGAAAGAGGAAGAGGAGGAUGAGGAGGACAACGCUGGAGAGCCAAACAACACGAGACAAACAGCAGAAAACACGACGCCUACAGUCAACACCAGCCUGUCGGUCCCAGCAGGCGAGCAGAGCAAGAAGAAGACGAGCAAACUGCACCUGAAGAGGAAGCACCGGGUCGACCCGCUGAGGGCCGACGACGGCCCCACAGAGAGCCCAACGCCGCCGCCGCCACCCGUGGGAUGGGCCACGCCCAAAGUCUCUCGGCUGCCCAAACUCGAGCCGAUCGGGGACUUGGGACAUUCUGAGUUUUACAAGAAACCGCUCCCGCCGCUCGCCAACAGGCCGCGACCUAACGGUGACUCUCAAGAUGUCAUCUCUUAAAGCUCCUUCACUGACCGACUCACUGACUGAGGUCAGCUUUUGACCAAUCACAGCUCUUUUCUGUGCUUUCUGUCCCAAGCGAGCGCGGUGUAGACCACCAAAACCACACCAAUGGGACAACCGUGGGAGCCAGCGGAUUGAGCUGAACAGAGGAGGAAAAUGAAGCAGAGUUUCUUGCGGAACUGUGCACCAAAACAAUAGAUUUUUCUAUUAUUGAUCAGUAUUGAAAGUUGGGAGUCAGUGCAUCCAACUAAAACACUUUAAACCAAGAAGCAAUGUAAAUAAAACCUCAUCUAACCUUAGCACAAUAAGAAAGGACGUUCAAGUUGCUCAGUUGUUUCUUUGUUGUUACAAUGCAGUUGUAAAUACUCUUUAUUUCCUCUAGAAUGGUGAAGUUGUCAAGUUUAUAAAAAAUCUUAUAACUGCGGCACCAUUUCAGGAGAAAUAAACUGAAUUGGUCAACAAAUGUUGCAGCGUUACAACCAAGAAAUAAUCGAUCAUAUACAGAUUUCCCUACUUUUUGCGCUAAGUUUUCUAUGUGUUUGUUUUGAAGAAAUAUAUUUGUAUACUGAUUGCCAUUAAAAAUGAACUGUCAUUUAUUUUUGCACUUUGAGAUUCGUAGUGUAAGCUUGAUGUAAUCAUGAUGAACAUGAACGAGAUGGUAGAGAUGUCUUUGCUUUUCAUAGCUUUUUACAUAUUUAUAUCAGCUGAUUAAACUCCAGAAAAACACUAAAAUUUUCAUUGCUGUUACAAGAAAAAAAAGCAAAUUCUCAAAAUCUUUUUAGAUACGUUUUUAUACCACUUUAUUUCCAGUUAGAAAAUAUGAAAAAAGCUACAGGGCUUCAUACUUUUUCAUGCAUUCUGCUGUUUACACUGUGCUUGUGUUUUUAAAGUGAUAUUUCCUCCCAUGUUUACCAAUGAAAUGGCUCUGAUUUCAUUUUAUUUUAUUUCUGUCUUAUAAGAGUCAGCAGGAGGAAGGAAGUGAAGAAACAAACAUCACUUUAAAAACACAAUAUGGAUUUUGGAUCUGUAGUGCAGUGAUGAUCCAAAUGUUUGAAAAAAAAAAGAUUCUUUUUCUAUCCUGAAAUUUUAUAAGAGCACUAUUAAAGAUGUUUUAAAUA